AUGGAGCGCCGUCGUCGUGGUUCUUCAGACAAGUCUAGUCGGAGCUUCUGUAUCGCCAUCAUGGUUGCCUCCAGCGUGGUCGGCCUCUUGGCUGUCGUCGCACAGAUGUGUGUCGUCAACGCCGCAGUGGAAGUUAACGUCGACGUCUCAGCAUACACGAGCGAAGUCGAGUCGGACUGGACCGCUGUAUACUACUCCUCCCGCAAGCCUCUUCUCGUCGGAAACGACGGCGGGCCCGACAAGGGAGGAUUCCACGUCUACGACCUUGAGUCAAAGUCUCCGCUGAAGGAGGUGACUGCCCGCACGCCUGGUCGCAGCAAGCUCGUCACGACGGUGUAUGAUGUCGACGACAAGGAUCUGCUCGUCACCAUUGCGCAGCCGGACUCGGUGGUGCGCGUUUUUGAGAUGCCCGAGUUCAAACAGAUCAAGGAUGCAGACUUCAAGGUGCUCGGGGAUUGGUCUGCGCUCUGCUCAUGGAAGAGUGAUGCUGGCAAUGAUUACAUCUAUCUCUUUGGAAAGGGCCAGGCGGUGCAGCUGCUACUCAGAAAGACCAAGAAGUCGGUCGAGUUGGUCGAGGUGCAAACAUUCCCUACUGGUUUUGAGUCAUCUGGCUGUGCAGUUUCCCGAUCAGAGUCAAAGAUGUACAUCUCCGUUGAUGAUGACAAAGAUGUCUACGUCUUCCCGCUCAAGGAGUCGACAAAGGCACCCGAAAUCACCAAGUUUGGCGAGGCAGAAGACGAUGUGACAGGCGUCGCAACCUACGUCCCCAAGAAGGGAUCCGACUACCUGUUUGUCGCUCAGAAGGACAAGGUGGCCGUCUACGACAGCUCUUUCAAGCUCAAGGGCACCUUGACAUUGACUGGAUACGAGGAUAUUGAAGUCCAGGGCCUCAACAUCUACCAGGCCUCAACCUCCAAGUAUCCUGCUGGUGUUCUCACCUACGCCAUCGAGUCAGAGGAAGUCAACGGCUUUGGAGUCACAUCGCUCGACAAAGUCCUCAAGAAGCUCGGAAUUUCUGAAAACACAAAGUAUGACCCUAGAAAGGUCAAGACGAACCCUGACAAGGAGCCCAUCUGCCGUACAUGCGACAACAGCGGAUACUGCCUCAAGGAUCGGAAGCAAAAGUGUGAGUGCUUUGCUGGAUUUACCGGCAGCACAUGCGACAAGUACACGUGCGUUGAUAAGUGCUCUGGCCAUGGGAAGUGUGUUGGUCCCAAUGAGUGCAAGUGUGACAAGGGAUGGGGAGGUCUGCACUGCUCGUUCCUCCUCGUCGAGCCAACCUACGAGACCGAGUCGCGCCUUGGAGACGGCGAUGACCCGGCUAUUUGGAUCUCGCCUGAGUCACCAGAAAAGUCACGCGUUGUGACGACCAUGAAAUCGGGCAAGGAGGCCGGUCUUGGCGUCUUUGAUCUGGCUGGCAACUUGCUCCAGUCGUUCCCUGCUGGUGAGCCCAACAACGUCGACAUUAUCUACGGCUUCCAGGCGGGAGAUCGCAAGGUUGAUCUUGCGUUUGCUGCGUGCCGAGAAGAUGACACUCUAUGUCUGUUUGAGAUGCUGCCCAACGGAACCCUGACCAGCAUCCCUGGAGGCAUCCACCCCGUCGUCGAAGACUACAGCGUCUACGGCUCUUGCACGUACCGCUCCCCCAAGACUGGAAAGCAGUAUCUAUUCGUUAACGAAAAGUCCGCCCGGUAUCUCCAGUACGAGUUGACGUCCACCUCCGAGGGAGAACUCAAGACGGAGCUGGUGCGAGAGUUCCAGGGCGGUAGUGGUGGCCAAGUCGAGGGAUGCGUCACGGACGAGGAGAACGGCUGGAUCUUCCUUGGAGAGGAGCCCUCUGCUCUUUGGAGAUACGGUGCUGAGCCUGACUCCAAGGAUGAGGGUGUCGUUAUCGGAAAGGUCGGCGAUGGAACUCUUUACGGCGACGUCGAAGGCGUGACGCUCGUCUACGGCUCCAAGCCCAACGAAGGCUUCAUCCUCGUCUCAUGCCAAGGCGUAAGCGCCUACAACGUCUACCGCCGCGCCGAACCGCACGAGUACGUUACGACUUUUACUCUAGUUGAGUCCUCCGACGGCAAGAUAGACCCCGUGAGCAAUACGGACGGCAUCACUGCCGUCGGAGUAGGUCUCAACAAGGACUUCCCCCACGGUCUGGUUGUGGUGCACGAUGAUGCGAACCAGCUUCCUGGCGGCGGGACGAGUGCUGAGGCUAGCUUCAAGAUGAUUAGUCUGGAGAAGAUUCUGGGGUCAAAGGUGUUGGGCAAGAAGGGGUUGUUGGAUCAGGUUGAUAAGAACUGGGAUCCGCGCAAGUAG